AGGUAGAUCUGGUUGCGUGCCUUGUCCGGUUACUGUGAUUCGCUUCCGUACUUUAACCUUUCCAUCCUUCUCCUUUACUUUCCGUCACCAAUCACAGGUACUCUCUUCACCAAAACCUCUCAAACUUAUGUCUCGACCGUUGACUCUGACCUCUGCUAUUGGUGAAGAGGUUGAUGAUUCUUCCAUUUCACCUUCCCUCUUCGAUUAUCAUCGCAUUGAGCAAAAACUGCUCGAUAACAUCGUUUACGAUGCUCUUGUUUGGAGCACUCUCAACUGCCUCCUUGUUGGCGACAAAUCUGUUCAGAGAUCAGGAACCGUUCCUGGUGUGGGCUUGGUGCACCUCCCGUUUGCCUUAUUACCCCCGCCGUAUCCUGAAAGUAAUUGGAGGCAAGCGUGUGAGUUAGCUCCUCUGUUUAAUGAACUUGUUGAUCGGGUGAGUUUGGAUGCAAAAUUUCUCCAGGAAUCUCUCUCCAGAACUAAGAAAGUAGACGAAUUCACCUCUAGACUUUUAGAUAUUCAUUCCAAGAUGCAGGAGAUUCACAAAAAAGAGGAAAUACGCUUGGGAUUAGUUCGUUCAGAUUAUAUGAUCGAUGAGAAGACUAAAUCACUUCUGCAAAUAGAGAUGAACACUAUUUCCACAUCAUUUGCUGCUGUUGGUUGUCUUAUGACUGGACUUCAUAGGAACCUACUUUCUUACUAUGGAAAAUUCCUUGGACUAGAUUCCAAAAGGGUUCCUGCCAAUAAUGCUACCGAUCAAUAUGCAGAGGCAUUGGCUAAAGCUUGGAGUGAGUAUAAUAAUCCCAGGGCAGCAAUUCUGGUUGUGGUUCAGGCUGAAGAACGAAACAUGUACGACCAGCAUUUUGUUUCUGCAGUUCUAAGAGAAAAGCAUCAUAUUACAACCAUACGAAAAACACUGGGAGAAAUUGAUCGAGAAGGAGAAAUUCUGCCUGAUGGGACACUUUCUGUGGAUGGGCAAGCAAUUGCAGUCAUUUACUUCCGCGCUGGCUAUACACCGGUUGACUAUCCUUCAGAAUCAGAAUGGAGAGCUAGGCUAAUGAUGGAACGAUCUUCUGCUAUCAAAUGUCCUUCAAUAUCCUAUCAUUUGGUUGGCACCAAAAAGAUUCAACAAGAACUUGCAAAGCCUGGUGUUCUUGAGAGGUUCUUUGAAGACAAAGAGGAUAUUGCCAAACUGCGCAAAUGCUUCGCAGGGUUGUGGAGUUUGGAUGACUCGGAAAUUGUAAGAAAAGCAAUUGAAAGUCCAGAGUUAUUUGUAAUGAAGCCCCAAAGAGAAGGAGGAGGAAACAAUAUUUAUGGUGAUGCUCUAAGGGACACCCUCCUAAAAUUGCAGGAAGCAGGUUUUCAAGAAGAUGCAGCUUAUAUCCUUAUGCAGAGGAUAUUUCCAGCAAGUUCUGCAGCAAUUUUGGUGCGUAAUGGUAGUUGGACCAAAGGUCAUGUCAUUUCAGAAGUUGGGAUAUUUGGUACUUAUUUAAGGAAUAAGGAUAAGGUUAUUAUUAAUAAGGAAAGUGGCUAUAUGGUGCGUACAAAAAUAUCAUCAUCUGAUGAAGGUGGAGUUUUACCUGGUUUUGGAGUAGUAGAUACUGUGUACCUCACUUGACAGAGCCUCUCGCCCCUUUCCUCAGAUUUUGAAUCAAUAAUUUCAGGACCAUCCAAUAAAUAAAUAAAAACAUGUUCCAAUAAAAAAAUGUUUGCUUUAAAUUAACUUACCCUUGUAUCUUGAUGACUCGAAAUCAAUUUCAUCAAAAUUAAUUCUGCUCAAAUUUAAACCAAACAAGCAUCAACAUUAGUCAAGUAUGAUAUGGUAUGGAUUUUGCUUAAUUUGUGAUGAGGAUGAAGCAAAAAUAGAAAUAAAAAUGCUCUUAUUUU